CAGUUCCUCUGAUCCAGUCGCGGUCGCCGCCGUCUGCACAGUCGCAGCCGCGGCCGCCUCCCGCCAGCUCGCCCCGGCAAAGCGGAACGCGCGCGAGCUCGGGCGUCCCCGCCCCAGCCUCUACCUGGAACCAUGAACCCCAACUGCGCCCGGUGCGGCAAGAUCGUGUACCCCACGGAGAAGGUGAACUGUCUGGAUAAGUUCUGGCAUAAAGCAUGCUUUCAUUGCGAGACCUGCAAGAUGACACUGAACAUGAAGAACUACAAGGGCUAUGAGAAGAAGCCCUACUGCAAUGCACACUACCCCAAGCAAUCCUUCACCAUGGUGGCUGACACUCCGGAAAACCUCCGCCUGAAGCAACAAAGCGAGCUCCAGAGUCAGGUGCGCUACAAGGAAGAAUUUGAGAAGAGCAAGGGUAAAGGCUUCAGCGUGGUGGCAGACACACCUGAACUGCAGAGAAUCAAGAAGACCCAGGACCAGAUCAGCAACAUCAAAUACCAUGAGGAGUUUGAGAAGAGCCGCAUGGGCCCCAGUGGGGGUGAGGGGAUAGAACCGGAGCGCCGAGAAUCCCAGGACAGCAGCAGCUACCGGCGGCCCCCAGAUCAGCAGCAGCAGCAGCCACACCACAUCCCAACCAGUACCACAGCUUACCAGCAGCCCCAGCAGCAGCAAGUGACCCCAUCCUACGGUGGUUACAAGGAGCCUGCAGCCCCCGUCUCCAUACAGCGCAGCGCUCCUGGAGGGGGUGGGAAGCGGUACCGUGCGGUGUAUGACUACAGCGCUGCGGAUGAGGACGAGGUCUCCUUCCAGGAUGGGGACACCAUUGUCAACGUGCAGCAGAUCGACGACGGCUGGAUGUACGGGACCGUGGAGCGCACGGGCGACACGGGGAUGCUGCCAGCCAAUUACGUGGAGGCCAUCUGAGCCCCGGGCCCCCCUCCCUCCAUCUUCAGUGCAUUCCACAGCAUCGCAUCCAUCCUGGGGCCUCACCGUCCACAGACACCCGUUCAGUGUCUCUCUCUUUUUUUUUUUUAAGAUCAGCGACAGCUUGUCUAUUCUUACCCCUUCUCCAGCUUCUUUUGCCAACCGAAGCCUCAUUCUGCCACUUUUCUCGGGUUCUUUCAUCUAGCAGGUUUUCCCCUCCACUGACUUUGUCAUUUCUCUCUGGAUAGAUUAGGCAGGGUACCCUGGCAGGGCCGGGGCCUGGGCAGGAAGCGUGUUGGCGGAUAGCCUCACCGCCCCUCUCUCUCACUGUCCUGCCCAGUUCCUCAACCCAGACAUUCCAGAGUCGGGGCUCACCCCAGCCCCACGGGACUCCCAGUCAGCACUCUGCACGUUCCCCUGAGAUGGGGGUGGGAGGCUCUGUGGUUAUGUGGGGACUUGUGGGAUCGACUCACCUCUCUCCCUCAAAGAGGGGGCUCCCUGCCCUGCCUCGAGGGCAGCAGAAGGAGAAUAGAAUUCCCACUUUGAGAUGUGAAUUCCUGCCCCAUGUGUGUUCUUUCUUGUACUUCGGCCCACACAGACCUAGAGAGCUCCCGGGCAAGCACAGCUGGGGUCAGGUUCUUGCCUUACUAUGUUAGGCCAGGCACAGAAAGCAGAGAAAUGGUGUUCGCCCCCGGAGCUCUGCUCACUGCCCCCCAUCUCCAGGGACUGAACAUCAAUUGCUUCCCAGGCUGAAAGCCAUCGCCCAAAGGGUUAGAGACUGGGCUGCCUGUGGUGGGGAUCCAUGUUAAGCUGGACCUCUUCUCGUGGGGAGAGAUGCCAGAAAGUCUUGGAAUGAUGCCUAGCCAGGAGGGCCCUAUGUGUCUCCAGUGGGGGUCUGUUGGGACAGAAGCGAGACUGCAAGUGUCUGUGGUCAGGGCAAAUAGGUGAGAACAAGAAGAAAGUGUGUCUGGGCUUGUAACAGACAGACAGAUAGACACAGCUGUUUCACCCUGCGAUGUUUCUAGACCUGAAGAAAGCCACCUCCCCCUUUAUCCUUUGCAGGGUGCUGUGCAGAAGUUAAGGCUGGGUCUGGCCUGGGCGGGGCCUGUUGCUGAGCUGCAGGCAUUUUCUCUUCCCUAUCUUCAUAUCUAGAGUUGCAGAGUUAGAGUACCAGAAGGACCUGGGUCCCUCAUACCAUGGUGCCUCACAUAGGGCUUUUCCCUCUCACUUCCAUAAAGCCCCCUUGUAGCCAGGAAGAGGGUCCUGGAGUUACAAAACUGGAAGCACUGACUCUGGGCGGAGAGAGGGACAGACGGUGCUAUGUCCAUCCGGGGACGAGGCCAGCCUGUGCUUGGCUUUCCUCAUCUCUAGGUUUUCUUGUCACCCCUAGGAUCUCCCUCUCCCAACUCCACCCAGAGUCCAAGUCUAGUACCCUCUUGGUGAGGUCUAAGCCGGUGGUUGAGGAAAUUGGCCUUGGGAGAAUCCUGCCUGAAACGUUCCUUUUCCUUUCAGGCCCCAGUCUAGGUCAGGACAGGUAGAAUAUUCUAUUGGGGAAUCUCGGGGUAGGGGGUGGGAAGUGAGGGCAGUUGAUGUCUUGGGUGAUGCACUAGUCCCUGAGGCACUGAUCCAUUCCAUUUUCUCUUGAUCUCAAAGCACAAUGCCGGUCUGGGGGACAUGUCAGGGAAAAGAUCCUGAACAUGUGGGAGGAGCCAGAGGCCUCCUGUUUCCACUCAGCUGACUCCCUACCAAAACAGGGCAAGCCAGCUGUUCCCUCUGUUCUUUCUCCCUCUCCCCCAUAUCCCGAGAGGAGGGGCCGUCUCACUGGUGCUGAGGGACCCAGGGCUGCUGGAGUCCGUGUUCCUUUCCAGAACCAAUCCACCCUUAGAAGACCACAGUACCCCGAGGGCUGGGCUGAACCCCUGGUCUUUGCCUCUCCUCACAGAGGUCUUUUAGUCAGUCUAAUCCCAGAAGAGAAGACACCCCAGCUAGAAUGUGAACUUAAUUUUUGUCGACCAAUCCUCCGGUGCAAGAAGUCCAAUGGUGAGAAGCAUGGAUUCUCCCAACACUGCUUCCUGCCUGCCCCGCCCCUCUCUCCAGGGAAAACUUUUAUGCUUAGUUUCUGCCUUUUUCCCUUCACAUAUGCACUUUUGGGCCUUUUUAUUUUAAAUAUAUAUAUAGCUGGAAAACAAAACAAAAACAAUGUACCAUCCCCAGAAGCCUGUAUUUAAAAAGAAACACAAGUGACCCUGUGAAAAUGGCCUCUGUCCAAACAUUUUGUCCGUGAGUGUGUGUGUGUGUACAUGUGUGCGUGUGUGAGAAGCUACCCACUCAUCUUUUAUAUGGGGUUGUCUUUCCUCGGUCUGUUUGAUCCCUUCCCUUGUGAGCUUGUGCUUGGGAUCAGAUCUUUCUGGCCUGUUAUGACUCUGAACAUUGACUUGAACCACAACUGAAUCUUUUUCCUGGUGACUCAAAUAAAAGUAUAAUUUUUACCUGCG